CCGGGGCCAGCCGCUAUGUCCUCCACCGUGAACAACGGGGCAGCCAGCAUGCCGUCCCCGCCCGAUGCUGCGAACGGCUUCCCGCAGCCCGGAGCCUCCUCCGGGAACUGGCCGCGGACCGAGGAGGAGAUGCGCGCCGCCGAGCCCGGGCUAGUAAAGCGCGCGCACCGUGAGAUCCUGGACCACGAGCGCAAGCGGCGAGUGGAGCUCAAGUGCAUGGAGCUGCAGGAGAUGAUGGAGGAGCAGGGGUACUCUGAGGAGGAAACCCGGCAGAAGGUCAGGACUUUCCGGCAGAUGCUGAUGGAGAAGGAGGGAAUGCUCACGAGGGAGGACCGGACUGGAGGCCACAUCGUGGCGGAGACCCCGCGGCUGCCCGAGGGCGCCGAGCCAGGCCUGGAGUACGCGCCCUUCGACGAGGACGACGGCCCGGUGGACUGCGACUGCCCGGCCGCCUGCUACCGCGGGCACCGGGGCUACAGGACCAAGCACUGGUCCAGCAGCUCGGCCUCGCCCCCUCCCAAGAAGAAGAAAAAGAAAGGCAGCCACCGGAGGAGCCGCAAAAAGAGGAGACUAGACUCGGAGUGCAGCUGUGGGAGCUCCUCACCCCUGCGCAAGAAGAAGAAGAGUGUGAAGAAGCACCGCAAAGACAGGUCUGAUUCUGGGUCCAGGAGGAAGAGACGGCACAGAUCUCGAAGCCCCAAGAGCAAAAGAAAAGAGAAGAACAAAGAGAGGAAGAGGCCACACGAGUCCCCAGGCCGGAGGUCCCAUCGCCACAGCAGCGGAAGUUCCCACAGCCCCUCACUCUCCUCCCAGGACAGCGAUUCCAGAUCGCCCAGCAGGCUGAGCCCCAAGCCCCGAGGCGAAGGUCGGAAGACGGGCAGCCAGCGGUCCAGCGGGAGCCGAUCGCCUUCCCUGUCCGGCGGCAGCGGAUGGGGGUCGCCCCAGCAGAACGGAGGCAGCCGGCAGCGGAGCGGAGCGCAGGGGGGCCGCCCGGGCUCGGCGCACAGCCCGCCAGAUAAGCCCAGCUCGCCCUCGCCCAGGGCCGGCGACCAGGCGGAGGCCGGCGCAGCCCCGUCGCCCGCGCGGGGGAAGGAGAGCACGAGCCCGCGCUCGGCGCCAUCGUCGCAGGGCAGAGGAGACCGCGCGGCCGGCGGGCAGGCCAGGCGGCGGCGGCGGCGGCGGCGGCGCCGGCGAAGGCGGCGCUCCAGGUCCCCCGCGUGCGCGCCCCGCCGCAGAGGCCGCCGGCGCGCCCGGCCCGCGCCGCCCCGGGUUCCGUCGCGCUCGCUCAGCAGGGCCCGGUCCAGCAGCGACUCGGGCGGCGGCGGGGCCCCCGACCCCGGGCCGGAGCCUGGCUCCGGCGGGCACGGUAAACGGGCCAAGGAGAGGCCCCCGCGCGCGCGCCCGGCCAGCAUCUCCCCGUCCCCGGGCGUGCACGGCCGGCACGGCGGCCCGGAGGGAAAGAGCUCGUCGCGCAGCCCUGGCCCCCACCCUCGCUCGUGGAGCUCCAGCCGCUCGCCCUCCAAAUCCCGGUCGCGCUCGGCCGAGAGGAGGGUCCGCAGCCCCACCCGCUCGCCGUCGCCCAAGAAACCUCUGGGCCGGGACAAGGACGGCGAGGGCCGCGCGAGGCACGGCGAGGCCGACACCGCCCGCGCGCGGCGCCGCUCCCGCAGCUAUUCGCCCAUCCGCAAGCGGCGCCGGGAUUCGCCCAGCUUCAUGGAGCCGCGGCGCAUCACCAGUGCCCGAAAGCGGCCCAUCCCCUACUACCGGCCCAGCCCCUCCUCCUCCUCCUCCAGCUGCCUGAGCAGUGACUACUCAAGCAGGAGCCCCAGCCGGAGCCCCAGCCCGGGCCACAGCCACGGAAGCUACAGCAGCCGAAGUGGAGGGACCCGAAGCCACACGCGCAGCCCCUCCCGGACCCCCAGUCCCAGUUACCACAGCCGGAGCAGCUCAGAAAGUGGAGGCUUCUGAGCCCUUACAGACCCCGAUUGGUGCCCCCUGGCACAGAGAGAGGCGAGGGCUCAGGCCCCAGGAUCCAUGGGGGGCAUACACCCUAUUGCUUCAAAGCGGUCCCAGGGCCAGGGAAGACCUUGAGGGUAGGUGCCCUGCAGACAAGGAGGAGCUGGGUUCUGCUGCUUCUCGAGGGUCCCUACCCCCACCUUCUGCCCUCCCACCAUGUCCAGGGAACAAAGAGCCUUUUCGAACACAGGGAUCACCCUGCCCCCCUUCCUGCUUGAUGCCAGCUCACCAGGCUGGGGAUCUCAGCUCAGUGGACCCAGGGACAUCUCUGAAGGUGCCAAUCCUGGGAGCCUCCCCUACCCACUCCGCAGGGCCCUCGGAUCCUCUCUAUCACUAGGCAGGCAAGGAGGCGGGACAGCAAGCAGGAUAUAAGUGAGACAGAAAAAAGAAUGGCCUAACCCUUGGUGUGCCACCAUCCAGGCUGGGGAGCUGCUUCCUCCUGAGCUGGCUGCAGGAGGACCCUGGCUGAGGGCUGGAGGCUGGCCCCGCAGCCCCCCCGAACCUCGCCCCAGGCCCAGGAGUGCCAGGAAGAGCCAGGGAGCUCACUCUUGGUCCCACCUUUUCUCUCCAGGCCAGUCUCUCCCCUUCAGGCCUCACCUCAUUCCCUGGUCCAAGGCCACACAAGCCAGGCCUUGUGCAUGACAAGAGGUGGGACACACAGACCACAACGGAAUGUGACCCUGAGAUGAAAGGGGGCUCAGGUCAGGAGGUGGACGGGAGAGGGAGUGGAUGGCAGAAGAGCCUGUGAGGAGGGAGAAGCAAUGCAGCCUAAGGACUGAGCAGGCCCUGGUCUUCUCACGUGCCCCUUGUCCGAGUCACAGGCACAGGAGAGCGUAGCUUCAGGGCCUGCCCGAGGGAGCACUUGCUCCCCAGGGUUUGGUGAGGAGGUGGCCGGCCCAGGCCUCCCAGGGAGGGUGCUGUAGCCCUUGGAAGAAAGGGAGGGUCUGUACCGAGGGCCUUGGCCUGGGGCCUGGGCAGGAAGCAGUGGCCCCAGCCCUCUUCUGCUGCUCCCAGCCCCCUCCUCCUGGGGCCCUCAGGGAUCUAAUGAAGUCUUCCUUGGCCCAACAGGGCAGAUGCCCUGGGCUCUGCUGGGGGGAGGGGUCUGGGGUCUGGUCCGGGUUCCCCUCUCUCUAUUUCCCACUUCCUUUAUUUUUUUUUCCGCGGUGCGGAUGAAACUUGGGACUCUAAUAAAACACUCAGUGCCCAAAGGGCAGGUGGUGA